GUACCUUUCCCUUCUCAGCUCUAUCACCUGCUCAGCAGCAUGAAGGUCUCAACCGCCACCCUUGCUGUCCUUCUCUGCGCCAUGACCCUCUGCAACCAAGUCUUCUCGGCGCCCUACGGUACUGACACCCCGACAGCCUGCUGCUUCUCCUACAGCCGGCAGAUUCAACGCAAAUUCAUCGCUGACUACUUUGAGACCAGCAGUCUCUGCUCCGAGCCAGGUGUCAUUUUCCUGACCAAGAGAAACCGGCAGAUCUGCACUGACCCCAGAGAGACCUGGGUUCAAGAAUACAUCACUGAUCUGGAGCUGAAUGCCUGAGAGGCUUGGAGUCAUCAAGGAACCCCAAAACCUCCGUGGGUCCUAUGUGGAACAGGGACCUGAGCCCCGGAACAUUCCUGCCACCUCCAUAGCUUCAUCUCCUAUAAGCUGUUUGCUGCCAAGUAGUUACACCCAGGGAUUCUUA